AUGCAGAUCAAGACCGCCGUCAUCGCCGCUCUCCCAGCCCUGGGCGCUCUCGCCGUUCCCACCGGUUCAUCUGGAAACAACCCUGAUGCGACCUUCCCGGCUGCCUACGGUUUGAUCGUUGGAACAGAUAUCCAACCAUUCCACUUCGAGAGCUUCAAUGCCAACAACAACAAGUUCUGGCUCAACUUGCCCCAGACCGUGACCUCUUGUCCAUACACUGGUACCGACCAAGCCAGCUUCUGCCCUCCAGGCAACGAGACCGCUUUCACUGGAGCUGGAUCGCUGGCUGUUACCGUUCCAGGUGGUCAGCAAAUCUACGUUGACAUAUCGGGUGCUUUGAUGUUCACCACCGCCCACACUCACGCCAUCCCCUACGGUGCCGUGUCCUACCCUUUCACUUUCAACUUGGCCGCUGGUGCCCAAUACGGUUCGGUCAGCACUCAAGCAUUCGGCGCUGAUGGGUUCAUGGCAUGCCCAACCUACGGCAGCAUUGCGUACCAGGUGUUUGCCAACUUUCCUGAGGCUCAGGUUCCAUUGGGCAAUGUCGCCGACUGUGUGCCAUUUGUGCCAUUGGCUGUCCCUUACACCGCCGGCAACUCUGCUGCUUGGCAGUACGACUAA